AUGAAUCAAUCGAUGAAUAUACGCAUUCAAUCCCCUUCUCCAUCUCUACUACUGCUACCAGCUAAAAGCUCUUCUCGCUGUACAUGUCCUUGCUUAAGAGUGCAACUGGAAAAUAGUUCCAGUUCGAAUUUGUCAAAAACGUCCCUAAUUUCUAGAGUUGUUGGUGAUGAUAAGAUUGGAGUGUUAUUACUGAACCUUGGAGGCCCUGAAACUCUUGAGGAUGUUCAACCCUUCUUGUUUAACCUUUUUGCCGAUCCAGAUAUUAUACGAUUGCCGAGAUUGUUUCGGUUUCUGCAAAAUCCUUUGGCGAAAUUCAUAUCUGUUGCUAGAGCCCCAAAGAGCAAAGAAGGAUAUGCUUCAAUUGGUGGUGGUUCUCCUCUUCGCCAGAUAACUGAUGCUCAGGCUGAAGAGUUGAGAAAAGCACUAUCUGAAAAGAAUGUCCCUGCAAAGGUUUAUGUAGGCAUGCGUUAUUGGCAUCCAUUUACUGAAGAAGCUAUUGAACAGAUUAAGCGAGAUAGUAUUACAAAACUUGUGGUGCUUCCUCUGUACCCUCAAUUCUCAAUAUCGACAAGCGGUUCAAGCCUUCGGCUACUGGAGAGUAUAUUCAGGGAGGAUGAAUAUCUUGUCAAUAUGCAGCACACUGUAAUUCCUUCCUGGUACCAACGUGAAGGAUAUAUCAAAGCCAUGGCAGAUUUGAUUGAAAAGGAGUUGACAAAUUUUGACCGCCUUGAGGAGGUGAUGAUUUUUUUUAGUGCUCAUGGGGUACCACUAGCUUAUGUGGAGGAAGCUGGUGAUCCAUAUAAAGCUGAGAUGGAGGAAUGUGUGGAUUUGAUCAUGGAAGAACUGGAAAAGAGAAGGAUAAACAAUGCAUAUACUCUUGCAUAUCAGAGUAGGGUAGGACCAGUGGAAUGGUUGAAGCCCUAUACAGACGAGACAAUUAUUGAGCUUGGACGAAAAGGAGUUAAGAGUCUUCUAGCUGUUCCAAUUAGUUUUGUAAGUGAACAUAUUGAAACGUUGGAGGAAAUAGAUGUUGAAUACAAGGAGUUGGCUCUAAAAUCUGGUAUAGAGAAAUGGGGUCGUGUUCCAGCACUUGGUUGUGAACCCACUUUCAUUUCAGAUUUGGCUGAUGCAGUGAUUGAAAGUCUUCCGUAUGUUGGAGCAAUGGCUGUCUCAAAUCUCGAAGCUCGACAGUCUUUAGUUCCACUUGGCAGCGUUGAAGAGCUACUAGCAGCAUAUGAUUCACAGCGUAGAGAGCUACCACCUCCUGUGACAGUUUGGGAAUGGGGUUGGACAAAAAGUGCUGAAACUUGGAAUGGAAGAGCAGCUAUGUUGGCCGUCCUUGUUCUGCUGGUGCUGGAAGUGACCACUGGAGAAGGUUUUCUGCAUCAGUGGGGUUUAUUGCCCUUAUUUCGAUGA